GGCGACGAAAAGAGGGGGCGAGGAGAGAGUUACCCAGGGUGGUCUCGGUGGUGGCUGGGGGCGGCAGCCUCAAAAAUACACCGCAACCACACCGCGCGGCUCCACCGCAGAAGCCGCCAUCUUCCACCGCCGAACCGAAACGAGACCGCGCGAGUUAAACACCCUAUCCUACUUCCUCCGAGUAGAAGCUACCCUGCCACCCGCCGAAGCAACGGCCAGGUGAAGAAUCACCAUCGCCGCGACCGCGACCGCGACCGGCUACUCUGGCAUCCAGCGAGAGACAUCCGAGGGAUAUCGCGCGAUCCACGCGGCGGAAAAAUUUCGGAUCCCAGUGUUGAUGUGCGCGUACGAAGAUGUACACCGUGAAUGAAUCGUGAUUGUCAUCUGAUUCGUUGCAAUAUUUCUUCUCUGUGUUCGCCAAUUUCUUUAGAUUCGCGCUCGGCCAACCGUCGACAUCGUUCUCGUGAUUGAUCAAGACUUCGAUCGACGGGGGAGAUACACGUGACAGAUGCCGUGCGCGGUGUUCGCCAAAGUUUGACGAAACUUUGCGCGCUGAGCGCGAAAACGAUGAUUUAAAAAAAUAACUCUUUUCGAUAUAUCCCGGUAUAAUUUUAGUGCAAAAAAAAUACGUAUUUAUGAGAGAGAGAGAAAAAAGUGAGCGAGUACGAUCCUAUCGAUCAUGAGGAUCGUCGGUGCGGGAUGGUGUUUUAAAUACAUGUGAUAUAAAAGGAAAGUACGAGUCUGUUGAUCUAUGAAUUUCCGUGUUUCAAGCGUAGCCACGAGUGUGUUUCUUCGUCGUCGAUAAGAAGACGGAAAACUCGAUCAAAGAAUCAGGAAUAAGGGUCGCUGAGAUUGCCGACGAUUCCAAUAAAACGAAUUUUCUCCGCGAGUUGGCAAUCGAGACGAAGAAUUUGCAAACGGAUGCUACUCCCGCCCGCGAUCCGCGGCAGGAUAAUGAAAUAAGGAUCAAAGAAGCCUAGGGGGCCCCCCGCGAGGGCCGAGAAAGCCGCCGAGGAAUUGUCAAUGCGUGCCAUUCGAUUCCGAAGACAAAUUCAAUUCUCGCUGGAAGGAGAUACCGGCGUGCAUUCGUAAUGCGUUCUUCGUUAUCGGUGACAUCACGAAUUUAUUGCAAGACGCUUGCAAGACGCUCGGAGGACCAUCGUCGAGCCGACUCGAUGCACUGACGACCAAUCAUAAACGUCAAAAUAUAAUGUACAAUCGAUUCUAAUGAGAAAAGUUGAGUUUGCAGGACAAAGGGACUGCGAUAACUGAAGAAAAUUAUAUAUCACAAACGCAAACGUAUCAUCCAAGGACCAAAUAUCAUAUCGACAUUGAUCGGGAAAAUCGAUUUUCUCACGUGUACAAUUACUUUGUCUAGAAUCUGGAAAAAAUCAAACGUAAACAAUUGAGCAACCGAACUCAUCCGGAAAGCUUGCAGGGAAAGGUGAUAUCUCGAUCGCGAGAACCAAUGACAUCGUUCUCAUGACGAAUCCUUCGCGAGAUGCUCGACCCGAGGAUCGGCCUGCCGGCCUAGACUAUCCCGAUCCUAGGUCAGUGCGAGGUGGUCAUCAGCCGCAUCAAGCGAAUCCGGUGAGCCAAAUCAGCGGGCCGAGAAUACGGAGGACCCGGGCCUCAUCCUCGAGGAGAAGAAUGCACCUGGCUAACGAGGUUCCUCCUCAAGGUUCAACCGGCGGAAAUCACCUCCCCGAUUAUGCCCUCACCGCCGAUUUGCUCGCCGAGAGAACGCUGGAUGGACUUCUCGCCGAGCAUCCUGGAGAACUCAUUCGUACAGGUAGCCCACAUGUGGUUUGCACGGUACUGCCGUCUCAUUGGAGGUCGAACAAAACCCUGCCGGUAGCAUUUAAGGUAGUGGCUCUCGGCGAGGUCGGAGACGGUACCCUCGUGACCGUUCGAGCCGGGAACGAUGAAAAUUGUUGCGCGGAAUUGCGGAAUUCUACCGCCCUAAUGAAAAAUCAAGUCGCCAAAUUCAACGAUCUCAGGUUCGUCGGUAGAAGCGGUAGAGGAAAGAGCUUCACCCUGACGAUCAUGCUGCAGACAUCGCCGCCGCAGGUGGCCACGUUGUCGAAAGCGAUCAAGGUGACCGUGGACGGUCCCAGGGAGCCGCGGUCAAAGACACGACACCAGGCCUUUCAUCCCUUUCACUUCGGGCCUCGUCCAUUCCCCUUCGGACACCCGCAGGACCCACUGGGAUUUAAGCUGUCGGGAUUGCAACACCUGGGUCUUGAGCAAGGAGCGGGCCAGGGAUGGGGCGGGUUACCUCGAGGAUCUUUACCACCGCACUGUCUUCCACCUCCCCCCGGCCACCAUCCGCACACACAUCCGCAACCAACAGUUGGUGCAUCGGCCUUCAACCCCUUCCACCACGCGAUCGAACAAAGAUCCCCGAGGCUGCCUGGACCUAACGCCGAAUCCGCAAGAGGCGACUUGGGUCCUAUCAGCGUGUCCGUGCGAGAAGUGACGCCGACAACGUCACCCGGGAAUCCUGGACCAGGCCUGCUGACGACGGCCUCCGUGACGGCGUCGACGCCUCCCGCAGAGUCGACCACUACCACGACGCCCAACCCGUCUGGACAUCACUCACACUUUCAAGGUCUUCAUUUACUGGGUGCCACGGGAUCCAUCUUCGGAUCGAUAUUCGCGCCAUUAUUACCGCAAUCCUCUUGGCUCUAUAAUCCUCUGUACCACACGCAGCAGUAUAUCCUGGAGCCGGAAUGGCACGCUCUGGCCCUAAGAAUGGCCCAGCAGCGACUGCAGAGGCCGGAUCAGGCCCGAUUGGAAGAGCUCAGAAAACUCAGAAGCAGCAGCGACAGUCCUGAGAGCAGUACGAAGGACGAAGAGCGACGGGGAGAGGAUCAAGGUGUUUUACGUCGAUCCGGAUUAGAUAGUCCCGACGAUAGCAUCGAGGUGGACGAUAGAAACGAUCAAGAUUUGAACAGAGACCGCGUCAGAAGCGACGAGUCCAUACCCGAGCAAGACUCUCCGAGAACAUCGCCGAUCAGAAGCGACUUGGAGGACGCCGCGUCCACGGAUGCUACCUUCCAGGAAGCAUCGAUUCACUUACGGCAGAGCAUAGAGAACUUGAACGAUUCGGAUCUUCAGCUCGAUCAGGAUCAGGUUUCUCGUCGCGGUGAUCUUACUGUGAAAAUCCGUUUAGAGGGCACGGUCGAUCUUAGCACGAAGAAGGGUCAAGAUAAAGAAAACGUCGGACAGGAUCUGACGACGCGAAGAAAGGAGGAUGGAAUAGAUGUCGAACGGGAAAUCAGAUCACGAAGAGAGAGAAGUCCCAAGCCCAGACAGGUGUGGAGACCUUAUUAAGGACGACCUUAUUAAAACGAGUAAAACUCGCUCAGCGAAAAUCCAUCGAGCGCGACAAUUUCAACGAAUUCCAUGAUCAAGACGAAGAUUAAAAUAAAUAUGGCCUGUAGGUAAAUUUUAUCGUGUGUUCUUCUCAAAAAGGAAAACUUGGUUUUUGUUGACAGAUAGCGCGCACGUUGAUUAAUCUCGUCUCGAUGAUCCGAGAUUAAAUUCGGGAGCAGAGCUCGCACGAUGUUGUAGAUUAGUUUGGCAAUGCUGAGCGAUAUAUCAUCAUCGUCAAGUUGUUGAGGAAUAAAUGGAACACGCUCAUAGAACAUCCUCGCGCAAUGUAACACUGUGAAACGUCACUGCUUGGAUGUUAAUUAUCAAAAUUUUCGGACGAACCUUUUGUCAAAGUUACUUAUCUAUCCCUUAUCUAUACCCGUUGCGGUAUCGUCUAAGAAUUGUCAUGGACUCGAGGACUAACCAGGGUUUACGUUCGCAUAUAGUAUAUGUACAUAUAAAGUAAUCUCUGAUUAUUAUCUAGGUUAAUGUUUCAAAUAUACGUUAAGCAUCAUCCUCUCGUCAUUCCAAUUAAGAAUACUUCAAACUUUUUCAAUGUCUCAUCGACUACACGAGUAUGCGAUUAAAACGCGUCUGCGCGCGCAUAUAUAAUAAUCCUGAAAAAGUCUUUUUUAGAUCAGAUCAAUGCGUUUCUCACCCUGCGACCGUUUUUCAUUUCCUCAAAUUAUUGUAUCAACGACAAUUUAGAAAAAAAAGACAAGUAUAAAGAAAAUAUACUCGUGUAGCAGAUGACAUUUAGUUUCCCGGUGCAAGCGAAAUUACGAGUAGUUGACGUUGUAAAUAUCACAAUCCUGCGAAUCCUGGCCAAGUCACAUCCUCUACGAACUGUCUCUUUUUUUUACGAGACAAUAUUGUUGUCGUCUGAAACGAAGAGACAUUGACAUAUAUGUGAAAAAAAAUUUUAUUGUAUAAUUAUCAUAUUCACAAGUUGUUUUGAUGACAUUGUAUGUAUGCGUGACUAUUGGCCUUAAUCAAAAUCACUCAUUGUUUAAGUACGUCAUCACGAAUAAAGUAAUAUCAUCCGUUCCACGAUAUCGAUUUAUUCUCUUAUAUUAUCAUAGAUUUCGCCGAGGAUAUCUCAUGCCAUGGUAAGUGCAACA